GAGCCUCAUGGACUGGGGCGCCGAAUUCGAAAGUCUUCUAGAAGCCUCUCAGGCCGGGCCGCGGGGUCCCAGCGUUAGUUUUGCUUGGGAAAGAAAAGAGGACUUUUUUCAGAAAAUUCAGAAACUUGGAGGCAGCAGUAGUUAGGAUUCAGGCCACACUGGUAAAUGACGAAGGGGCUUCUUCCAAAACCAGGGAGGAAGUGUUCGGUAUUUUGUAAAGUGUGUUUCAAAUGACAGCAGAUAAUCACCAGAAUGGGAGUGAAUGACUUGUGGCAAAUUCUGGAGCCUGUUAAGCAACACAUCUACUUGCAUGAUCUCAGUGGGAAAACCAUUGCAGUUGAUCUGAGUCUCUGGGUCUGUGAGGCACAGACAGUCAAAAAAAUGAUUGGAACUGUCAUGAAGCCCCACCUCAGGAACUUAUUUUUUCGUAUCUCAUAUUUAAUGCAAAUGGAUGUAAAACUGAUUUUUGUUAUGGAAGGAGAGCCACCAAAGCUGAAAGCUGAUGUCAUAAACAAGAGGAAUCAGAUUCGGUACGGGCCUUCUGGAAAAACAUGGUCUCAAAGAACAGGGAGAUCACAUUUUAAAUCAGUCUUACGAGAGUGCCUCGAUAUGCUAGAAUGCUUAGGAAUCCCCUGGGUUCAGGCUGCUGGGGAAGCUGAAGCCAUGUGUGCUCACCUCAAUGCUGGUGGUCAUGUAGAUGGCUGCCUCACCAAUGAUGGAGAUGCCUUCCUUUAUGGGGCCCAGACUGUUUAUAGGAAUUUCACUAUGAAUACAAAGGAUCCACAUGUUGACUGUUAUACAAUAUCCUCUAUCAAGAGUGAACUAGGUUUGGAUAGAGAUGCUCUGGUUGGACUGGCAAUACUUCUUGGCUGUGAUUAUCUCCCAAAGGGAGUCCCUGGAGUUGGAAAGGAGCAAGCAUUAAAACUUAUACAGAUUUUGAAAGGGCAAAGUUUACUUCAGAGGUUUAAACAAUGGAGUGAAACAUCUUGUUACUCUAACCCACAACCACAGGUUGCUAAAAAACCAGCUCAUUGCUCUGUGUGUUCCCAUCCAGGUUCACCUAAGGAUCAUGAACGUAAUGGAUGCAAAUUAUGUAAAAGUGAUAAAUAUUGUGAACCACAUGAUUAUGAAUACUGCUGUCCUUGUGAGUGGCACCGUACAGAACAUGAUAGGCAACUAAAUGGAGUAGAGAACAAUAUUAAGAGGAAAGCUUGCAAUUGUGAGGGAUUCCCAUUCCAUGAGGUUAUUCAAGAAUUCCUUUUGAAUAAGGAUAAAUUGGUGAAGGUAAUCAGGUACCAAAGACCUGAUUUACUAUUGUUUCAGAGAUUUACUCUUGAAAAAAUGGAGUGGCCCAAUCACUAUGCAUGUGAGAAAUUGUUGGUGCUUUUGACCCAUUAUGACAUGACAGAAAGAAAGCUUGGUAGAAGGAACUCUGAUCAACUACAGCCGAUUCGAAUUGUUAGGACCCGAAUCAGAAAUGGAGUUCAUUGCUUUGAAAUAGAGUGGGAAAAGCCUGAACAUUAUGCUAUCGAAGAUAAACAGCAUGAAGAAUCAGUUCUAACAAUUGAAGAAGAAUCAUUGUUUGAAGCAGCCUAUCCUGAGAUUGUUGCUGUUUAUCAAAAACAAAAGUUAGAAAUUAAAAAGAAGAAACAAAAAAGUAUGAAAAUUACACCUAAAGAAAACAAUUUGCCAGAAUCAGAUGAUGUAAUGAGUUUUCAAUCACGCAUGACUUUAAAACCCACAUGUGAAAUCUUUCCUAAGCCAAAUUCCAAGUUAACUUUGGAAAUUUCUCCUGAUUCUACAUUACCACAGGAAUCUGUUUCUGCCUCAUUGAAUAGCUUGCUUUUACCUGAAGAUGCUCCCUGUUUGAAUACACAAGAACAACAGUUCACAUCUUCUCCAAGACCUUUAGCUAUACAGCAAAUUAAAGCUGUCAGUAAGUCUUUAACUUCAGAACAUAGUCAACCCAGUACCUCAUCUCAUAAUAUGUCUGUGGUUGCUGAUCUACACUUGAGCACCAUUGACUGGGAAGGUACUUCUUUUAGUAAUUCUCCAGCUAUUCAAAGGAACACGUUCACUCAUGGUUUAAAAUCAGAACUUGAAUCAGAGCUAUCAGCCAUCCCCAGUGGCUUUGAAAAUAUCCCAGAACAAUUGUUACGUGAAUCAGGAACGUGCACCACAAACGUCGAUAAAGUGUUGAAUUGGGAUCUUCAUAAGAUUAGUCCUGAAGAACAUCUACUUUCUGGCAUUAGAGAUUUAUGUCUUCAGGAUUUGUCUUUAAAGGAACGAAUAUAUAUAAAAUCAUCAUAUGCUCGGGAUAAUGUACGGCCAGAUGUCAACCUGAAAAUGUCCCUACUCGGAGUAAAAGAAUCUUGCAUUGGUAACAGUAGUGAUGAUUGUCCAUCACGUCUUUCAAAGGAUCUUCCAGGAAUUCAUUUGCAAAAUGAAUCCAGAAACUCUAAAGUUCUAAAAGGAGACCAACUGCCUCAAGGAAACUAUAAAGUCAAUACUUCUAUACCUUAUUUCAAUAACCCAGUUGUGAAGACCUCCACUGUUACAGUUGGGCCACCAACUACUCUUUUAGAUCAUAGAAGAAAAAUUGAUAUGCAAAACACUCAGAAAAUUGUAAUGAAGAGUGUUUGCCUUGACAGACAUUCCUCUGAUGAAGAAAGUGCCUCAGUAUGUGGGAAAGCUAAAUACACAACUCAAAAAGUGAAGCACAGAUCUAAGAAGUACAGUCCAACCCAAUUCAAAGAAACUGACCACAAGUUGAGUAGCCCUAAGAUACAUAUCAAAGAAACUGAACAGUGUGUCAGGUCUUAUAAAGCAGCUGGAAAUGAAGAAAACUGUUUCCAAGAUCCAGCAAAAAGUUCUCUGAGCUUUCUACAGUGUCAUAAGAAAGAAGACAACUCUAGUACUUGUUUGGAUAGUCCUCUUCCUUUAAGCCAGAGAUUAAAACUAAGGUUCCAAAGCACUUGCAAUGCAAUCGAAAAUACUUAAGUAUAACUUACUAUUCUAGUACUGUCAACAUUAGCAGAGGCAGAGGGAAGGUUUCUAGUUAAUGUUUGGUAGAAAAAUUUAAUGUUCUAUAUGUCAUGAAACACUUGCUAUUUUAAUCAAAAUUGUAAUAAAAUAUGUUACCUAAAUCUUUGGUUUUAAAAGAUGAUCCUCUGUGAUGAAAACUUCAGAUAAUGUAUAUUUUUAUAAGACAUUUUUUGUCAUUUUUAAUAUCCUUAUUAAUUUAGUUAUAUUUUAUAAAUGUUAGUACUUGACCUGAGUUCCAAGAUGGUUCAAUGGGGAAACAACAGUCAAGAAAUAGUCUGCUGGAACUCUUGGACAUCCCCAUGAAAAAGAAUGACAUUUGAUCCCUACCUAACACUAUAUAAAAAAUUAUCUCAAAAUAGAUCAAAGACAUAAAUGUAGGAGCUGAAACUAUGAAACUAUAAAA